UCUUCAUGCCAAUCUUGAUAUCGUAAGUCCUUACUGUUAUUGUUCGACUGUUCAGGAAGGAAAACGAUCAUACAACGUUAAUUAAUUUGGCUACCUGUAUUAGACAUGUUGUUUGCCAGCAUCCGCCAUGUUUCCCUCAUAGCUGGAUAACCCCAUUUUCAUCUGUCUGCCUGAUCUCAUAAUCUCUCGUUAGAACUACCAUGGGGCUCGCGUAUUACUGUGGUGUGUACUGUGAAAAACGAGUGGAUUUGGUGAUGGUACGACAAUGAAGGCACGCAAUUAGCUCUAUAAUGGACAUUUACAGUAUUUAGAAAAUUGCAAUUUCAUUACUGAUCACCAUCCAUCAUCAUUACCAACCUCGAACACAACUGAGGAGUUAUCUUUUUCACAUUAAAUGAUCAUCAUCUAAUUCUAUAUCCACCAAAAAACGUUAACAUAUACCCCCGAUCAUAUAAGGAAAUAUUCUUUUGUACUAUAGUAGAGCAAACACUCUCGGAACCUAAAUCUGAACUUUAACGAUGGUUGAUAUACACGAAAAACAAGAUCUAGGCUUGGGACAAUAUCUUUAGACAAAUCCAUGAUAACGCCACCCACCUCUUUCAUAAUCUUCUCAGCCAAUCACAAAAGCGGAUGGUGUUGGUCUCCCAUGGCGACAGACUAUGUAAUCCCGAAGCUACAGAGCGAGAGUGCCCGCAGUUCAGCCCCGAGAUGCUAUUUCUCGCCGUGGCUUAGAGAAGAUAAAACAGAAACCUGUUAGCUUCUACAGCACUUGCUGUUCAGGUGAGCUCUCGGAGGACCCUGUACAGUUCAACAGUCCGCCAUUAGCACAUGCUUUCCCGGCUCCAGUACAUCUCAUCACAAGAGGAACCACUUCAACUCCAACGUUAGAUUCUCCAGAGCUGAAUAUUUGCAAGAAGAGGAGGGGAAGCUUGCAACAUGGUGAAUUGCAGCCUCUCAACACAAACAGUUCCGUAUCCGGGGUUCCUACCUACAUCUGGAGUGGACAACGAACUGCUGACUGACAGUGGCCUGUCUCUGAGUACUGUGUCAUGGGCUAACAUUACAGAGAUAACCGGCAGGAAGGAAGACACCCCAAAAUACGGCCUGCUGGUGGUACUGGUACUGAUCUCAUUAGCCACUGUAGUGGGGAAUGUGAUGGUGGUAGUGGCUUUGGUGCGGGAGAAAAUGCUGCGGACAGUAUAUAACUACUUCAUCCUGAAUCUCGCCUUGGCUGACCUGUGUGUGGGGCUGGUCGUCAUGCCACUUUUCGCCACUUACGUCACACUGGGCAAGUGGCCGUUCGGAUCCGCGAUGUGUGUCCUCUGGGUGCUGAUGGAUUUUGGUUGCUGUCAGGUCUCCAUCUUCACGCUCCUCCUCAUAGCAACGGAUAGAUACUGCAGCAUCCGGUGGCCCACAACGUACGUAGCCCGACGGACUGCUCAACGUACUAUCCCGGCCGUCGUCCUCACAUGGGUGGUGGCUGCUACAAUCUGGGCGCCAGGCGUCGCGAGCUCCUUAGUCAGUGACGCCGAGCAGUGCGUGCUGUUACCGUCAGCCAAUAUUGCCUUUACGGUGACUUCAGCAAUGCUGUCGUAUCACCUACCUGUGGUGUCUAUCAUCGCGCUUUACAGUCGGAUGACAGUCUUGCUGAUCCGGAAGAUGAAAACUAAGCAUGCAAAGCGUAAGAUAGUGCCCUUGGACAUGCAGAACAGUACAAGCAAGGUAAGUGGUCAAGCUGAGAACCUGCCGGGAACGUCCGAUCCCAGUCGCUCAAGGUCUCAUCGGAUAAAUCCUCAAGGUGUUCUGAGGAAAACUGUUUCAUUUUCAUUAGAACAGAAAUGUACGAAUGCUCCUGUUAUGGAAGAUUCGUCUGUAGGCGAUCCUGACAUCGAUAUGGACACUUCUUCCGUGUUGGACACGUAUUUGAAAGACCUGAAGCUUGUGGUAUCAGUGGUCUUUCUGAUUUGUUGGAUCCCAUUCAUCACCAUGUACCUUGUUACCGGCGCGUGUCCAGCAUGCAUCAGCAGCACGGCUUACAACGUGUCCUAUUGGAUGGCCUACAUAAACUCUGGUCUGAACCCCAUCGUGUACAGCCUCCUCAGUCCGGAGUUUAGAAAGGCAUUCAAGAAAGUCCUGCGUAUCGGCUCCAGGGCUACUAGUCAAGCUGGUCGCCAAUCAACCCUGCAAGCUGGAUAAACCGAGCAGUCUGGAACACAAAAUGGCGUACGGGUUCUGCACCGCGAGGAUAGAGCUGCAGCAGGAUUGUAUAUGCUAACAUGUAUAUUUUCGAUAGCAUUAUUUUAUCCAGAUUAGUAUUGAAAUGUUAAUUCAUCUUUCUCUCCAUACAAUUAAUCAAGUCUUGUGGAUUUUACAUUAUAGAUAUCGGUAUGGACACUGUUGGGCUAAUUGUUCAAAAUCGUUUUUUCCAGCAGCAUUGACCAUUUGUUCCCUGAUCGUGCAGUUGAACGUAACUCUAGCACUACCUUGUUUGUUGUAUGUCGGGUUUGAGCUUUCAUGUUCAUUAUUUACAUUUCUCAACGAUAAUUGAUACCUUAUUGUCUGACAAGAUGGAAUGACGCGACUAUUUGACUUAGUGCAAAAGUCUAGCCAUGUGUGUUUGCUGUUGCAUGGUCGACUAGACGUCUCCCCUUAAGUGCAGUUACAAUUGUUGUUUGAAUAAAGCUGUGAUGAAUCAGA